AUGCGUGCGAUUCGCAGCCGUCGCACAGUUCGAACAGGGGUCAAUGGUGCACCCAGUGAGCGUGUCGCACGCGGAUCCCUUCACCUCUUUUUCAUUGUUCUGUCUCCUGCUUCCCAUUUCCCCCCUCCCCAUCGUCCUCUUUCAUUCCCUACCUCUCUCCUUGCCCGUCCCACCCAACUAACCCUUCCCAUCUUUGCCUCCCCCUCCCAUCCCCUAUCUAACCUUCCUUCUCCCCCCCUGGCCCCUCUCUCUGUCCCCUUCUCCCUUUCCCCAACCUGCCCUCUUUUCCACGUCGCGAACGCGCGCCCGCGUAUCGCCAGGUAUGACUUGGGUCGGCAGGCGGCCAACACAAAGCUCAGCAGUCACAAGACGGUGCGCCGGAUCCGCGUGCGCGGCGGGAACUACAAGUUCCGCGCGCUGCGCCUGGACACGGGCAACUACGCGUGGGGCAGCGAGUCGGUGACGCGCAAGACGCGCAUCCUGGACGUGGCGUACAACGCGAGCAACAACGAGCUGGUCCGCACGCAGACGCUCGUGAAGAACGCCAUCAUUCAGGUCGACGCCGCGCCGUUCCGGCAGUGGUACCAGCAGCACUACGGCGUGGACCUCGGCAAGAAGAAGUCCAAGGCCGGCAAGAAGGAGGUGCGAGACGGGGGGGGGGGAGUGAGGGUGGGCGAGGAGGAGAAGGCGGAGGGCGAGGCGGGAGAGGAGGUGAAGAAGGGCAAGGAGCUGGAGUUUUACAUGAAGAAGCUGCAGAAGAAGAAGGGCAAGUCCGCCGCCUAG